UGAUAGCGAGCCGUUGUUGCAGCCAUAUCUUGUAAUUGAAGCGAUUUGUCAUUAAAAAUAGUUUUGUCGUCGUUGUUUUCGUGGAAAUCACUAUAAAUAAAAGUUUCUCGAAGCGGAUGAAAUAUAAGUCUUACUUGUAUCGCCACCGUGAUGGUUUCGAACAUGAAAACCAGAUAGAUGACGGUACCGGCCCUAGUGGAACUUCUAAUGUAGCUGAACAAGGUAUGAAUUCUUCACAAGGCAGUGAUGCACUUGCACAGGAUAAUAUCAUCGGUGAAACUUUCUACGAAGGGGAAGCUGCUUAUCUAUCAGAAGCCGAUGAUGAUGUAAUCGACUAUUUAAUGGAAAGUUCGGAUGAUGAUAUAGAUCCAGCAGCAUCAGAUGACCCAUUCUCUGCUGAAGAUGCUUUGCGUCAAUGGGCAAUAUCAACAAACCAAACAUACGACUCGAUUGCCCAAGUGAUAGAUAUAGUUCGAAAAGAGAGUUCCUGUAACCUACCUAAAGACGCUAGAACCCUACUAAAAAUCAAUCGAAAUAUUUCGGCUGAUAUCCUGACGGUAGAAGGUGGUCAGUACUGGUAUUAUGGAGUGCAGAAAUGUCUCACGAACAAGCUAAGUGAUACAUCUCUGAAUUCGGACACCACACUCUUGCUUAAUGUAUCCAUCAAUGUGUAGGAAUAUGAAUAGAGAGAGAGGAUAUAGAGAGAGGGAGAUCGAGACGUACUUGACAGGAGGUAGUUCGGAGACAGAGCAAACGGGCAGACAAGCGUGAGCGAUCGAGCGCUACGGAAGUGUGUGCUUCAGCGGCGAAUUAUACAAGUGUUGGAUAAGCGACAGAACAAACAGUGGAUUCUACAAUUGGCGCAGCCGGUAUUCCUUUUUUAUAUACACAUACAUAGAACCCCGACGAGGUAUGAAAGUAAGUAACGCAUGAUCGUAAUCAUCCUAAUCACCGGUGAAAUAGCUAGAAAUAGAGUAUACAUGUACAAAGUGACAAUGGUUGCUAGGAAAACGGAAAUUAGGAAAGUUUGCUUUGCAUUCGUAAAUUGUUCAAACGGGUAAGUUAAGGCUUUGGAAAGCAGUAACAUCGUAAUGGUGAGACCGGCUUGGCCGUAGCACAUGCGAUUAGUCCGGUAUUACUCACAGCAACAAAAAAAUGCUCUGAGUGAGCCUUGUAUGGGUGAAUGUGACCGCGCACAAAAGACGAGCCCGGCGAUAGCCGUAGCGUCGGGGAAAGAAGGUAACGAAUUUCGAGAAGUGAGCCCGGUAUGACCGAAGCACAAAAGACGAGCCCGGUGGUACCCGUAGCGUGCAAGUGGAAAAAACAAUGACACUAAUACUCCAAAAGACAAGACCGGUGGAACGUACCCGUAGUGUCAGAAAAAAACGAUUCUCGAAAAGUGAGUCCGGGUCAACCGAAGCGCAAAAGACGGGCCCGGUGGUAGCCGUAGCGUCGACGUGAGAAAGCUCACUCACAAGUGAGCACGGUACUAUCAAAGUAAAACAGACGAGCCCGGCGAUAGCCGCAGCGUAGAAGUGAGAAGGAUUAUUUAGAAGUGAGAACGAGUAUUCACGAGUGAGAACGGCAUGAUUGAAACCCGUCAAACAUUGCGAGGGUUGCGAGUUCUAUCAUCUGCUUGAG